CAACCAGAGGCCCUCGCGGCACCGAUGUUUUUGACGAGGGCGUCGAAUUCCCCUAAUACACAGGAUAAGUGCCUCAGUAAAUCAACGUCCUUGUGCGAACGGCGCCCUGUUAGAAAGUAACCUGCUCAGGUACAAAGGAAGUCAACUCGCCUUUUAGCAAAGACUUUUAUUUUGCCACCGAAAACUCAUCUUGCUCUCAUACAAACAAGAAGACUGCACGGAGGACAGAUUUGAGCCUGUACCUGUGCACUUGGAAGACCACGACCGCCUUGUUUCAGCCAGUCAGAGAGAUUACUCUGCUACUUCCCCUUUUCAGUCUCAUCUCUCUCAGCUUCAGGAAAAAUGCGUGAGUGUAUCUCCGUGCACAUUGGCCAGGCCGGUGUCCAGAUCGGCAACGCCUGCUGGGAGCUGUACUGCCUGGAGCAUGGGAUCCAGCCUGACGGCCAGAUGCCCAGCGACAAGACCAUCGGUGGUGGCGACGACUCCUUCAACACCUUCUUCAGUGAGACAGGAGCUGGAAAACAUGUGCCCAGAGCCGUGUUUGUGGACCUGGAGCCCACUGUCAUUGACGAGGUCCGCACAGGAACCUACCGCCAGCUGUUCCACCCCGAGCAGCUGAUCACCGGCAAGGAGGACGCCGCUAACAACUACGCACGUGGACAUUACACCAUCGGCAAGGAGAUCAUCGACCUGGUGCUGGACAGAAUCCGCAAACUGGCUGACCAGUGCACGGGUCUCCAGGGGUUCCUGGUGUUCCACAGCUUCGGUGGCGGCACCGGGUCUGGGUUCACCUCUCUCUUGAUGGAACGUCUGUCUGUGGACUACGGCAAGAAGUCCAAGCUGGAGUUUGCCGUCUACCCAGCGCCACAGGUCUCCACUGCCGUGGUGGAGCCCUACAACUCCAUCCUGACCACACACACCACCCUGGAGCACUCGGACUGUGCCUUCAUGGUGGACAACGAGGCCAUCUACGAUAUCUGCCGCAGGAACCUGGACAUCGAGCGUCCUACUUACACUAAUCUGAACAGGCUGAUGGGUCAGAUUGUGUCCUCCAUUACUGCUUCCCUUCGGUUUGACGGCGCCCUGAAUGUCGAUCUGUCAGAGUUCCAGACCAACUUGGUUCCAUAUCCCCGCAUCCACUUCCCUCUCGCCACCUACGCUCCCAUCAUCUCCGCGGAAAAGGCCUACCACGAACAGUUAACUGUGGCGGAAAUCACAAAUGCCUGCUUUGAGCCCGCCAAUCAAAUGGUGAAAUGCGACCCCCGUCACGGAAAGUACAUGGCGUGUUGCCUUUUGUACCGCGGCGACGUGGUGCCUAAAGAUGUCAACGCUGCAAUCGGCACCAUCAAAAACAAGCGCACCAUCCAGUUUGUGGACUGGUGCCCGACCGGCUUCAAGGUGGGCAUCAACUACCAGCCGCCCACCGUGGUCCCUGGUGGAGAUCUCGCCAAGGUCCAGAGGGCCGUGUGCAUGCUGAGCAACACCACCGCGGUGGCGGAGGCCUGGGCUCGGCUCGACCACAAGUUUGACCUCAUGUAUGCCAAGCGAGCCUUUGUCCACUGGUACGUGGGUGAGGGGAUGGAGGAGGGAGAGUUCUCCGAGGCCAGGGAGGACAUGGCGGCUCUGGAGAAGGAUUACGAAGAGGUCGGUGCUGACUCCAUUGACGACCAGGGAGAGGAAGGGGAGGAAUACUAAAGAGCCACCACACAAAUCUGUUGGUACAAAUUUAACAGUUCAGUUAUUAUGGAUGAAAUCAGUUUUCUGUUUAAUUUUAAACAUUCUUGUACUAAAUGAAUGCAUUGCAGUGAAUAGUACAAUGCAGUAGUAUUGCUGUGAUGUGGAUGUGUAAUGCGCAUGCAUAUUUACAAAAUCACAAUGGAAUAAAGUUCAUCAAAUUAA